AAACAGCCCGCUUUGGGGUGCACUGCUGCCAUGCUGUGCAGAUCCAACUUCCAUGGGCUGGGAUCCGUCCAUGGCCCCUGGGUGCAGAGACGGAGGCCGCCCGGUGGCCCUGCGGCAGGAUGGCACCUGCCCGGGGCGUCAGCGGCCCUGGCUGCGGGCGGGUGCCUCCUGCGCCGUGCUGACCGUGCUGACCGCGGGAAGCGCCGGGCGGUGCCGCUGGCGGAACUGCUGGGGCCGGAACUGGCGGCUGAUUGGUCAGGAUCGCUGGAGGUUGAAGGGAUGCAAGUGGUAGCGGCAGAUCUUAUGGAUUUGGAGCGCUGUAUGGGACUCGUGGCGCCCGUUUUCAAUGUGAAGAUGGAUGACCCUGGCGAAGUCGAGAGCGUGAAAAAGGGCAUCGCGGGUCGCCUGGGCGCCCGGCGCAGCUUGGUGGGCCGCGACGCGGCCUCGCCCCGUCCGCGGCUGGCGCGGCCAGCGCCGCAUGGCUCGACAGAGCGGCCGGAGCUGGGGCUGGUGAUCGCCCUGCAACGAAACGCCGACUUCGUGGCGCUGGUGGAUCUGUCGUUGUGGCCGGAUGAUGGCAGAGUGAGGGCACCAGGGGCGACCAGCAAACCUGGGGUGCCAUCUAAGCCAUACAUUUUGAAUCUCUGUGUGGAGCCGGAUUUUCGACGUCAGGGGCUGGCCAGGCGUUUGAUGAAGGUCAGUGAACGGCUGAUUCGAGAUGUUUGGGGCGAUACGGAGAUCUAUCUGCAUGUGGAGGAUGAUCAGGUGGCGGCCAACUAUUUGUACGAGAAGAUUGGAUAUGUGCCGUUGAAGUAUACGUACGACAAAGAAUGUCCUUACACCAAGGCAGAAGCCAAAGUUCUUCGCACCGUGACCUGGCGACGGAAAUUCCUGGAUGCUGCCGCUGAGGGAAGCCCUGCGCGAUCUGGCACCCUUUUGCCCGAGGUCGCCGAGGCGCUGGAAAAAGACGAACCUGUGGAGAGCUUGGAUGAUGAUGAUGAUGAAGAUGAGGAAGACGAAGAUGAAGAUGAGGAAGAAGAGGAAGAAGAGGAAGAGGUGAUUGGUGCGAUUCUGCUGUGGGUCCUCACCAUUGUUUGCGUGGUGAUCACCACAGGCAGUGUUGUGGCGGUGAAGGAGUGCAGGGAUUACUGCGGUCUUGGUUGUGUGGCCCACGGUUUUCCAGUUGCCUGUGAUGGCAAGGCUGAGGGGUGUUUCGUUGACUGCGACCGGGGCUUUGAGGAAUUUGACAAGGAGGAGGAGUGUAUCGCGAGUGAAAAGUGCGAGGACGCUGCCAAAGACGAGCAGCGGAUCGCAGAGGCCUGUGAGAAGCAACAGGCCUGCGAUGAGAAAGGCUUCCUGGGCACUGGCCCUCGAUUCGUCUUGAUGCUGGCCAUUGUUUCCAUUUUGCCUGUGGCAUCGACCCUCUGCAUGGGCUUAUACAAGGAGGCCUUUCGCUGGGACGACUCGGUGUGGGAGAAGCUGAAUUUCUACGACGGUUUCGGCAGAGUGGUGCUGGUUAUAGGCGCCUGCCUGACCAUCUAUGUGUCUUACCUACUACUGGAGACUUACAUCAAUGGCAGACGGAAGGGAGCCGGGUUCAUUGGUGCAGUGGUGAGUCUCUUCGCGUUGAUGGUGAACUGUGGGGCAUGCUUCCUACUGGCGCUAGCGAGGUGGUGUAUGUCCAAAAAUGGCUAUUCUCGAUUGGCGCGAUGAACACAGUGUCUUCAACAUCUUCAACACAGGGUUGUGGAUGCAAAGCAUGACGUUUCUGAUAAGAGCCGGAUGACCUGACGAUCCACAGGGUCCAUUACAGCGUUUCUACGUUUCUAUUCUCCGUUUGAAAUAGAGACGGAUGAGACGGCAGAUCAUCUGCAGAUCAAAGACCAAAAAAUCAGGUCUUGAACUGCAGAUCAAUCCAAUUGCUGCUGAGCAACAGACUAGACAGCAACAGAGCCAUUUGGACAGUCAGAGUCUCUUGAAUUUGGA